GAGAGGCGGGUCGCACACUUAAGCGAAGUGGGCUGCCUAAGUGACGUGCGAGUUCUCAAGUUAAGCUCAUCAUCACUUGCUUUAAAAAUUAAGUGAACUAAGAAGUGAAACAGUGUGAACUAUAGAGGUGAAAUAAUGUGACGGAGCUAAAAGUUUCUGUAAGAGAGACGAAGAUUUUUAUCUUACAAUAAAGCGCGGAAACGUUUACGAUGCUUGAACUCUGAUUAAACUGAUAAGUACGAUGAUCGACGACUUUUUUGAUGACGAUAUCAUUCCAGACAAGAAAAAUGAAGACAUCAAACGCAUAUUAGGCGACGAUCAUACUACGACAAAACAAGUAUCUGAUAUUAUCAACCAAACUCGUAAACUAGCACUGAAAGAAGAUAUCAAAGACGAGAAAUCAGAAAAAGAAAGUCCUUACUCUGAAUCUUUCGAAAGUGAGAAUGAAAAGGAAUCGCAAAUGUCGAGUCGAAGCAAAACCCAGGAAAGCGGAGUGGAGAAAGAGAGCGACAGCGUUAAGAAGGUUUCCUCGUCAGGGUCCUCGGUUCAAACGGUUAGCAGAACCAACGACAGUACUACAGGUGCCGACGGGUCAACGCUCGAUGAGAAUACCGAACCCGAAGUCUCCCAUGCUCUCAGCGACCAGAAAACGGGCACGGAAUCCAGGAGGUCGACCCAGAUAAGCAGAUCGAGCACUGAAUCCAGGCAUUCGACCCAGGUGAGCAAAUCGAGCACGGAUUCCAGGCAUUCGACCCAGGUGAGCAGAUCGGACGUUGUUACCGAGAGUUCAGCUGACCGGAGUCACAAAACAUCGCAUGACGAACCAGCGAAGGUUGAGAAAACAUCACACAGCUUAAGCCCCGAGGAUGCCGUAGGCUUACGUCUAGAUGUCGAAAGUGAUUCGGACGAGAGAGAGAAUGAUGACGGCUGGAUAAAAUGGUACGUCCAUAAACACGAACUACAUCUGGUGAGGAGAAGGGAGGAAAGGGAAAAGUUAAAAGAAAGAGCUGAGAAAAAAAGGGAAGAGAAGGAAAAGAAAAGAAUUCAGAAAGUCGAGAACGACAACAAGGUGAAAAAGUGGCUGCUACAAAAGAGGGUCGAGGACCGAAAGAAGCGCGAGGAGAGGUCUCGAGAACGGGAGGAAAAGGAGAGGGAGAGAGAGGAGGAGCAAAAGAAGAAAGAGAAGACGUUGGAAAGAGCCAAGGGAGCUUACGAAGAGUGGAGGCAACAGAAAGAGGAAGAAGCAGAGACAGAGAAAAGAAGAUGUCAGCGAAAAGAAGAAGAGGAAACGCAAGCCAAGCGUGACAGGAGGGCGAGGACGGAACGGGCGUAUUCUGAGUGGAUGACCGCCCACCCAUAUAGACCUCCGGCCUGCACCUCAUACGCCUACUCGGGCGGGAGGAAGAUCGCUUAUUAUGAUCGUGACAGACCUCCUUCGCCGGCUAUGGUAAACCCUAUGCCUUGGAGGUAUAAAUAAUGGCGAAGGAUGGAUGGUUACCUGACAGAGAGGUCUUGUUGCUAUGAGUCUACAGAGCCAUGAGCGUCAGAUCACUUUUCUAGAGCAAUGACAGAUAAUUGAAGAUGUAUUCAUAGGUUCCAGAUGAUUCUAGUUAUAAGAAAUGAGGACCAUGAUAUUUAUAUAUUGUCACACGAGAUGUUCCAACUAAUGUGCCUUCCUUGUUAUAUGUGAUAGAGGAAGCCCUCUGAAAAUCUUGACUGCCAUUAAUAUUAAAGGCUUUUGGCCAGGUUGUAGGAUUGAAAUUCAAGUGUACUGAUUGAGUUGUUGAA